AACAAACAUAGCUAUAGUUUAAAAUCUAAUUUUGAAAACAUUAUUGGUAUUUAGAAGGAUCGAGUAGAUACUUGGAACUUCAAGAGAGAGCUGUGAUGAAUCUGUUUUCUAUUCUAUCAUUCUUAUGGUUUCUGUUUCUGAGUAUCCAUUCUAAGACAUACCUGGUUCAAACAUUAGAUGACCUUGAAGAAAAAUCUCCAAUGAGCCGAGCAGCUUAUGAUAAAAAUGUUACAAUAGGCGAUGAUUAUAAAUAUGGUGGGUUUGACUUCAGGCUUACAGAUGACGAAUUAGAAAGCUGUGCUAAUGAGUGUGGAAGGGAGAACCCUACCAGGGUAACAAAUAGAAUUCAAGGAGGAAAAUUUUCAUCACCUCACAGAUAUCCCUGGGUUGCUUCUUUACAAGAGGGAAUUGGCGGACAUUUUUGUACAGCUUCAAUAAUAUCUCCAAGAGCUAUAUUAGCUGCUGCUCAUUGUUUUGAUCCCCCAUUUCCUACCGAUGUUACAGCUGUUGUUGGUAUCAAUGAUUUGAUUUAUGAAAAUCUGGAAGGGCAAAGAUUAAAAAUAAAGAAAUACAUUAUUCACCCUAAGUAUAUCAACGCAUUCCAAGAGUAUAGUUUUGAAUAUGACAUUGCUAUACUAAUAACGGAAAAAAAUAUUGAAUUUAAUCAAAAUGUUGGACCAAUAUGCCUGCCUAAGAAGAAAACUUUUAUAAAAGAAGAAGAGGAGACUCUAUUACUUGGCUGGGGGGUAGAUGAAGAUCUAAGCAAAUCACUGACUGAUUUCAAAAUAAUCACAGAACCGCAGAUGGAUCUAAAAGAAUUGCUUUUAUCACUCCGAGAUAGCACAACAAUUGGCAGGAUUGAUUCGAAGAAAGAAGAAAAAUUUCUGAAAAAGCUGUUUUUCAGGUUUAAAGAAAUGUUCCCAAACUUUGAUAAAGUCUAUGAUCAAAAAAUGAACUUUUUGAACCCUGCCAUAAGCAAUAAGCUUAAAAAUAAACUGACAUUGGAAAUGCAAGAUCUUCUCAAGUUUGUACUAGAGGAAAAAAUUCCAGAUUCUGGAGACAAACAAAGAAUUUUAUCUUAUAUACUUGAAGAUACUGUGAAAAUAUUUAACGAAGUGCUCUUAGCUCCAAAUUAUACAGAAGUAAAAGAAGUAAAAAAUAUAUGUUCCAAGUGCAACAAAAAUUGGAACUGGAUGUAUCACUAUAUAGAGAGAAUCCCAUACCUGAUGUCCAUGCAUACGACUAAGAAGUUAAAAGAAGCUCAAUCACACUUGCUAUCCAAAGAUGAAUGCACAAAAAUAAUCAAACAUUUUUAUGAAACACAAAGUUCUCUACCAAAUAGUAAUAUGAUCAAAAAAACCCCAUCUAUGAUGUGUAUAAAGCCGAUGACUGGAAGCGCAUGUCCUGGAAACUCUGGAGGUCCUUCUGCUGUUAAGAUAGGCAGCAAGUUUGUUCAAGUUGGAGUAGCAAGUGCUAUUACUAAUUUACUAUUGAAGCUUCCGAUACCUUGUCGAUGUGGUUGUGAGGAUGAAGAUGGUCGAACACCUCAUCUUUAUCAAAGUGUUAGUAUCAGCAUGGACUGGAUCAUUCAACAGUUGGAUAAUAAUAAUGCAAAUCCUUGUAAAUUAAAAUAUCUAUAAUUUUUGACUCAUACAUAAUAAGGAUCAUGGUUUUGAGGCCUGUUUUUAAAACAUUCAAAGUUUUAGGAUUUUUGAAGGUUUCACAAGAAUCUGAGAUGGAAAUCCUAUUUUAAAAUUGCAUGCUAUACCAGUUUGCUUUAUUGCACACAGCAAAGUUUUUACUAUGAUUAAAGAUAAAAACCAAAACGAUAUU